AUGCCCGAUCUAGUGGCUGCUCCCCUUCCGAGAAAGGCCAACUUGCCUGUGCUUUCAUCUGGUGCCAACUCCGUGAUUUCUCCGGCGCUACUGCCAGUAGACUCGCUGGUACUGGCGCCGUUCUCACCUAUGUCUAAAAUGGACUCCAACCUACCGGCACUGUUGGACGAGCUCCUCGACGACUGCUUCCAAUACUCCAUUGACCCUAAAUGUCUCUGUGAAACCAGAGCCCGCUACGUUCAAAACUUCCAUCGUUUCCUCACCGAAAGACAUACCCACGAGAACUUGGCAUUUGUCAUUGAAAUCUUUCGCUACGAGUAUUUCUUCGAUAAGAUCUACCCAGAGAAUGUCACAGUGCAGAAAGCUCGCUCAGCAUCGAACACACCUUCGCAUUACUCCUCGAGUUUCCUCAACCAGUCACUCGAGCACUUCAUCGACAGUUUGCCAUACCCAACAAGCUCUAUGCAGCGCAAAAUUCACAAGGUCGGCACCUCUGAUAGCGAUCUCUCCAUCUCGGGCUUUCUGCUGUCUGACCAGCUAGGUUUCGAUUUUGACGAUAUUCCUCCAAGCUCAUCAAACGCUUGGGACGCUUUAAAGGACCAGAACGUCUCAUCUGAUGAGGAGGAAAGCAUGUCUCGAAGCUCCUUGACUCUGUCCCCUCUAGACUCCGAGGGAUUGCUCACUGACCAGUGGAAUCACGUUGUAAGGGAAUUCAUUCUAGAGAACUCCCCACAGCAGGUCAAUUUGAGCAGCAAAACGGUAGUUGAGAUCAUGGCCGAAGAUUCCAUCCAGGGCCUGGCCCAUAACCCCAUUGUCCUCAUCAAAGCUAAAUUGGAGGUGAUUCAACUACUAGAAGAGAACGCAUACAGAUUAUUCCUCCGGAGCCAGAAGGCAGAGUUCAACAUGUGCGAGUGUAAAGGCUCGUGCCAGGCGAACUCUGUGGAUUCUACCAUGGUGUUCACUUCGCCAUUGACCUCCGGAUCACCAAGUUCUAAGAAGCAUCUCCAAUCUCCACAAAUGAAGGCAUCAUCACCACUUGCCAGACCUUUUGAUCUGCGGGACCACCAUGCUGGAACGUCAACCAAGUCCAUGGUAUCGCCGCUGCCGCAGAGCCGCAUCAAAUCCAAGUUUCUUUCACAUUUAUCUACCAACUCUGAGACAUCAAGUUCGGGCUCGUCCAUUUCAAGCUUCAUGCAUCACUUCCGAACCCAUUCGGGCGGUACUCCGCGAGCAGCGGUAUCUGUUCCACACUCGGGUGCAAAUUCCCAGGCACAAUCGCCCGUGCAAGAGAUUCCACGAGCAUCAUCUACAGUUCACGAAGGUAGCCCGUCGUUGUUGGGCAAGAUCUUGCGAAAGAAGAAAUGA